CGCCGCGCGCCAGCCUCAUGCGCCUUGCCGCGAGCCGGCAGCUCCGCCGCGCGCUCAGCCCGCCACGCAGCCGCCGCGCGCCGCCCGUGCCCGGCGGGAACCGCGGGGCAGAUGAAGUACAUCCUGGUGACGGGCGGCGUGAUCUCGGGCAUCGGCAAGGGGAUCAUCGCCAGCAGCAUCGGCACCAUCCUCAAGUCCUGCGGCCUGCAUGUCACCUCCAUCAAGAUCGACCCCUACAUCAACAUCGACGCGGGCACCUUCUCCCCGUACGAGCACGGGGAGGUGUUUGUGCUGGAUGAUGGAGGAGAGGUGGACCUGGACCUGGGGAACUACGAACGCUUCCUUGACAUCAGACUCACCAAAGACAACAACCUGACCACGGGGAAGAUCUACCAAUAUGUCAUCAACAAGGAGAGGAAGGGAGACUACCUGGGCAAAACUGUCCAAGUGGUUCCCCACAUCACAGAUGCCAUCCAGGAGUGGGUGAUGAGGCAGGCACGGAUCCCUGUGGAUGAAGAUGGCAUCGAGCCCCAAGUGUGUGUGAUUGAGCUGGGGGGCACAGUGGGUGACAUUGAGAGCAUGCCCUUCAUCGAAGCCUUCCGGCAGUUCCAGUUCAAGGCCAAGAGGGAGAACUUCUGUAACAUCCAUGUCAGCCUGGUGCCCCAGCCAAGCUCCACAGGGGAGCAGAAGACAAAGCCCACCCAGAACAGCGUUCGUGAGCUCAGGGGCCUUGGCCUCUCACCAGACCUGAUUGUCUGUAGGUGCUCCACUCCCUUGGAUACCUCAGUAAAGGAGAAGAUCUCCAUGUUCUGUCAUGUGGAACCAGAGCAGGUCAUCUGUGUGCAUGAUGUCUCCUCCAUCUACCGAGUGCCUCUGCUGUUAGAGGAGCAGGGAGUGGUUGACUACUUCCGGCACAGGCUUGACCUCCCCAUUGAGAGGCAGCCCAGGAGGAUGCUGCUGAAGUGGAAGGAGAUGGCUGACAGGUACGACCGGCUGCUGGAGAGCUGCUCCAUAGCCCUGGUGGGCAAAUACACCAAGUUCUCAGACUCCUAUGCCUCUGUCAUUAAAGCACUGGAGCACUCUGCACUGGCCAUCAACCACAAACUUGACAUCAAGUACAUUGACUCUGCUGACUUGGAGCCAGAGACUCUGCAGGAGGAGCCUGUCCGCUACCACGAGGCCUGGCAGAAGCUCUGCGGUGCUGACGGAGUGCUGGUUCCUGGUGGCUUCGGCGUUCGGGGGACAGAAGGCAAAAUCCAGGCUAUCUCCUGGGCAAGGAAGCAGAAGAAGCCCUUCCUAGGAGUGUGCCUGGGCAUGCAGCUGGCAGUGGUGGAGUUCGCUCGCAGCGUCCUGGGCUGGCAAGAUGCCAACUCGACAGAGUUUGACCCCAAAACUGCUCAUCCUGUGGUCAUUGACAUGCCAGAACACAAUCCUGGGCAGAUGGGUGGCACCAUGAGGCUUGGCAAGAGGAGAACACUCUUCCAAACCAAGAACUCAGUCAUGAGGAAGCUGUAUGGGGACCAUGACUUCCUGGAGGAGAGACACAGACACAGGUUUGAGGUCAAUCCCCAGCUGAAGAAGUGCUUUGAAGAGCAAGGUCUGAAGUUUGUAGGCCAGGACGAGGAGGGAGAGAGAAUGGAAGUGGUGGAGCUGGAAGAGCAUCCCUUCUUCGUGGGGGUGCAGUACCACCCCGAGUUCCUCUCCAGACCCAUCAAGCCAUCUCCCCCUUACUUUGGGCUGCUGCUGGCAUCUGCAGGCAGACUCACUCACUACCUGCAGAAGGGCUGCAGGCUCUCACCCAGGGACACCUACAGUGACAGGAGUGGCAGCAGCUCCCCUGACCUGGAGAUCACAGAGCUGAAGUUUCCAUCAGUGAACCAUGACUGAUUCCUGAUGUCUCCACUGCAGAGAAGUCCUCAGGUUCCCCAGGAGUUCUUACAGCAAUAGUGUGACUGAACCCUUGGCUUUGGCCUUUCCUGCCCUGGGGCUUGGUCAUUUCUCCUCUGAGAUCCUGCCCCUCUCUCUUCUCAGCUCCUCUCUCCUUGGUUUGUUUCCUCUGCAGACUUCAUUCCUGGAGGGCAGCUCAGCCCAGCACAAGCACCUCCAGGCUGGCCUCAGCUGGCACCAGCCUGGAGAUGCACAGCAGGCUGGGGCUGGGACUGGCUCUGAUGGGAGAAUGCAGCUGGGUGAGGGCCUGGCCUGGCUGCCUCCUCCAGCCUCUGCUCCCCCCACAGCCCUCACUGGGGAGCUUGUGUGGAGGCCAGGAGGUGCUGGAGGCUUGCUCUGCUCCUGAGCUGUGCUGCAGCUGCCUGCAGUCUCCUGGGGGGCAGAGGGAAGGCUUUGCUCUGCUGUGCUCUUUCAGCAGUAUUGAAGAAUGGUUGGCACUGGUGCCCUUGGGCCCUCUCCUGCCAGCAAUGAGAUUUGCCCAGGAAAAGCUUCCUGGAGUUCCCUGCAGCACUGCAGGGGGCAG